AUGUCCGACAUUAUCCCGAAUGGACGUUUUUCCGAAAAGUUUGACAUAACUCUGCCCGAAGUUUUCGGGAAAACGUCCAUUCGAGAAAAUGGACUUCGGACAUCAGUAAUUUAUGGCUUACGAAAGACCGAAGAUGAAGUAAAGUUGGUUUCUUCUGACCAAGAUGAAAGUUCUGAAGUUGAAUAG